GGCUGACAUGAGCCGUUUUGUGACUCUCCGUGUUUUUGAUGUCAAACCUCAGCCAACGGCAAUGGAGCCCCUGGAUGUGCUGAGGAAAUGCUUGGUGUGCAAAUGGGAUCUGUGCAGGAGAGAACCCAGGAUGUUGCCAUGCCUUCACUCCUUCUGCAAGGACUGCCUUCCAGAGCUGAUUCAAGGAUACAGCUACAUUUCCACUGUGCAUGAAGUUGUAUAUGAAGGUAUUCUUUCCUGCCCGGCGUGCAAACAGACCUGUUUUGCAAGAGAUGUAGUUGAAAAUUGCUUUCUCAAGGAUUUUCCCACUGCAAAUUCAGCUAUGGCAAAGAGCUGCUACAUGUGUAAAGAGAAGAGACCUGCUCAUAGUCUCUGUACAAGCUGCAAUAAGUGGCUGUGCAGCACAUGUACAGAGGAACACAGGCAUGGCAAGGAAACCGGGGACCACUUCCUGUCUGUAUCCCUGAAGGGCUGCACAGUGACUGAAGAAGAGGCAAAUGAAUUGCCCUUGCUUUGUCCAGUGCACACUCAAGAACCACUCAAGCUCUUCUGUGAGACCUGUGAUAUCCUUACAUGCAGCAGCUGCCUGCUGAAAGACCAUAAGGAGCACAGGUUCAGACUUCUUGACGAAGCUUUGCAAAAUCAGAGAGCUAUCCUGGAAAAUGUUGUAGCUAAAGUGGAAGAGAAAAAAAGUGGAAUUCAGGUUUCAACUAAACAGAUUGAAGACAGGUUGCUUGAGGUAAAACAUUUACACAAAAAAGUAGAAAAUCAAAUCAAAAUGGCCAAGAUGGUUUUGAUAAAUGAAAUCAAUAAACGAACAAACAUCCUUCUCGAACAACUUGAAAAAAUCACAAACGAAAGGAAGCAGAAAUUGGAGCAACAACUGCAAGGUGUUGCAGUUUUAAGUACACAGGUUGAACACGUGCAGAACUUUGUCAACUGGGCAGUGAGCAGUAAAAACAGCAUCCCGUUUCUCUUCAGUAAAGAACUGAUUGUGUUUCAGAUCCAGCGCUUGUUAGAGACAAACUCUAACACAGACAUAGCCUCUCCUCUGAAGAUCAGAUUCACUUGGGAUCCCUCCUACUGGAGUAAGCAACUGUCCAAUUUUGGAGGUUUCACUACGGAAGGUGGACACACUUCACAUUCAGAUGUCCUCCUGUAUGGCAAUGUACAAGGAUUACAGACACCCUUGUAUCAUGGGCACUGUUCCCCAGUGUCACAGCUGGAGCCUGUGAAUAACCAGCCACAUCAGUUUCCCCCUGCUGCUCAGUGUCCGAUUCCUGUGUGUUGCUCACACUGCCUCAGUGUACCUCACCCAAACAAAGCUCAGCCUUCUCACCAGAACAUAAGCCCCCAUCAACAUUUUCGACAGCCUUCCGAACUGCAUCAGCAGCACUUUCCCCUGCAGUGCAGCAUGCAGCAACGUGACAAAGAGCAAAGGGGUGUUUCCCAGCCUUUGAAGCCAACGCACUCCGAACGAGAGCAGCAGUCAAGGUCUGAGUCAGAGAGUGCAUCUGGGAGAACAGGAAAACACUUACCAUCCCAGCAGCUGCAACAGACUGUGCCUCUGGGCUAUGCUGUUGUAUCACAUGAGGCUCAGCAGGUUCACACAAGCCAUCCACAGCCAUUUCGCUCACAGACUGCUUUGCAGACAUCAACUGUGCAAGUGCAGCUUGGCCAUCUUCAGAAGAUAAAGUCUAACCACGUGCAGCAGCCACCACCGCAGCAGCAGCAGCAGCUGUCACCAGCAUCACCACCACCAAGUCAGUAUGAGAACACUCACAAACAAGUCAUGCAGCAGAGCCUGGACAUAAUGCACCACCAGUUUGAACUGGAGGAAAUGAAAAAGGAUCUGGAGCUUCUUCUCCAGGCCCAAGGGCAGUCCAGUUUGCAGCUGAACCAAGCUAAGCCACCUCAGCAUGUUCAACAGACCAUAGUUGGUCAGAUAAAUUACAUAGUGAGACAACCAGCCCCGAUUCAGCAGCAAAUUGAAGAUGAAGCACAAGUCUGUGAGAAUUCCACUGAACUUGAUGCCCAGAAGCCUGUAGUUCCUCUCGACAGAAGCAAAAUAUCUUCCAUGUCUCAAUCAUUGGAUGAAGAAAUCAGUGUCAGCAGUCGCUCCCCUGAAACAACAUUGCAACAAUCAACUUUCCAUCCAGUGAGAAAGCCUUCAGCAUCAUUAGGCGUUGUGGGCUUUUCAAACGAUUUAGAAAUGGAACUGCCUUCAAGAUUAUCGAGGUCGGUCGACCCACAGGUGCAAGGCAUAGCCACUGUGGCACUUGGCCCAUCCCCAAGCACCCGCUGUGACUGUGAUACUCCACCAGAGCCAGUGCCUAGCUACAGUUUGGCACUGGGAAGAGCUCCAGUUGAGCUGAACCCUGGGAUUUCUACUGCCCUCACACCAGAUGAUGCACAUCAGGGCAGCACAAAGUGCAAGCUGGAAAAUGAAGAUUUCAAUUCUGUGGAUCAUCAGCCAGAAAACAGCUUGGCUACAGCUGAACAAGAUGUAGUGAAUGAAUUAAGUCUUUCUAUGCAAAACGUUCUGGAAGAACCUAUUAAUCUUUCGGUCAAAAAAUCUCAUCGUUGUACUUCUCCUUCUGAACUGCUCAGCAACAAUUCUCUUCUUCCUGUGAAUGCCAGGAUAAGAUCACUUAGAAAUGAAGAAGUUUCCAAUAAUUGUGAAAAGGAACAUUUUGAAAUGGUUAUGAAAGGCAAUCAGAAUGUCAGAGAGCCAAGGAUCCCCUACGUGAGACUGGAACGUCUGAAAAUAUGUGCAUCGGAAUCUGGCGAGCUACCAGUUUUUAAGCUCCAGCCACAGGAGAGUGGGCAGGAGGGCAAUUUUCUCCUGGUAAUUGAGCAUGGGACUCAGUCUUCAAGUAUGGCUAUAAAAAUAAAUAAAGGUGGUUCACCUGAAGGACUGAAAUCCAAAGAGGAGAACGCAGAUGACAGAAAAUUUCUCAUAACCCAGGAUGCAGGACAAAUAAAAUCUCCUCCUGCAGAUAUUCCAUCUGUCGAUCAGAAGCUCACCAAUGGUACCUCCAUCAUGAAAAAAUCUCCAGUUACUCAGGAAGUCAAUACAAUUGAGAAUGAAGACUUCUGUGCUGUGUGUCUUAAUGGAGGAGAACUGCUGUGCUGUGAUCAUUGCCCCAAGGUCUUCCAUCUCUCCUGCCAUGUUCCAGCCCUACUCAGCUUUCCAGUGGGAGAAUGGGUGUGUACACUUUGCCGUAAUCCAAUGAAACCAGAGGUAGAAUACGACUGUGAAAACACACGCUAUGCUCAUAGUUAUAAUGCACAAUAUGGCCUUGAUGACUAUGAUCAGAAGAAAUGUGAAAAGCUGGUGCUUUCCCUGUUCUGCAGUAGUAUGAGCCUCCCAUUCCAUGAACCAGUCAGCCCCCUGGCUCGACACUAUUAUCAGAUCAUAAAAAGGCCAAUGGAUUUGUCAAUCAUAAGAAAAAAGCUGCAGAAAAAGGAUAAGUUCCACUAUUCUGCACCUGAGGAACUUGUGACUGACGUGCGUCUUAUGUUUUGGAACUGUGCAAAGUUCAAUUAUCCAGAUUCAGAGGUUGCUGAGGCUGGACGAUGUCUAGAUGUAUUCUUUGAGGGCAAACUGAAAGAGAUUUAUCCGGAUAGGCACUUCCCCUCAGCGCAACAAGAUGACAGUGACUGUGAAGAGUUGGAGAACCACAACAGCAAAAUGCCCCACCAGGAUUUUCACUGGCCAUCACAUGAACAGGAGUGGGUUCAACCUAAAAAGAGGCGACGCCACGCUGAAAGCGACAAAACUAAAAGAAUGACGUUUCAGACUGCUAACAGCCUUCCUCAGGUGUGACCUCCUGAAGAUACCUGAUUUGCUAAGAGGAAUCCAGCAGAAUAACUGACAGAGUUAAGGUGUGUGGGAGGAAAGCAAAGCAUUCGGGCUGUUAAUUUAUCUUCUCCUACUCUGCUGACCAUAUGCCUUAUUUGUAGAUCUUGUGGGUAGAUAACAGAUCAGGAGUGUUUGAUUCUGUCUGUAUUUCAUCUGUUAAGUCACGUGUAUGUUUUGCAAUGUUUACACUGAAGUACUGAUGUUUUGGUGAUACAUAAUGAUUAAUAAUAAAAGUAACGUGCUAAGAAUAUUUAAAAUUGCAGUACCAUUUCAUAAUCGGUUCAACAUGACAUCUCUAUUUUAUAGAACACGG